CUGGAAGGAGCUGGGCUGUAGCGGCGGCUGCAGCCGCGGGCCCGGCUCGGCCCGGCUUUCGUGCGUGGCUCCUGCGGGAGCUCUCGGGCAGGGCCGGCGCGUGGCGCAGCGCGGAUUACGGCGUUGAUGUGCGCUUUCUGCCCCGCGGCAGGAAAUGGCAGCGCUAGGCAGAUCCUGCCACGGUAUCCCGGCGGGCUCGGCCGUGGAGCUCCCCGCGGCUCCGGCCGCUGCCCCGGACCGCCACGGCCCGCAGCCCUUAGUCGGCAGCCACGGCCGUCUGCAGCCGCCCGGGAUGGUCAUGGCAGGGAUCGGAAACGACGGCGCCGAUGGAUCCUCCGGUCUCUGUCUGCAGAGCAGCUUCGACCUGGCCUCCCUGGCCGCGCUCGGGAGCCACAGCGAGGGGCUUACGGUGGCCCCGGUGAGCUCCUUCAGCAGGAGCCGCAGCCAUGUCUCUGUGCGAUGUGGAAAGAAGCAUAAGCUAGAAGAAGAGGCAGAAGGCUGUCCUGUGCGGAAGAAGAGACUGACAGGAGCCAAAAAUUGCCCUUUGAAUCCCAACACUGAAGAAUGGAUUCUUUGUGCAGGUCAGCAGGCAGCUGGGGAGGUAGCAAGUCAGUAUGGUGGCAGCGGUCCUGAAACUGCCAUGUUAGAAAUUCCCUGUGAAGAAAUGGAUCAGACAAUGGGGGAACAGCAAUGCGAGGUUGCUCGCAGGAAACUUCAGGAAAUUGAGGACAGGAUAAUUGAUGAAGAUGAGGAAGUUCAUGCUGAUGGAAAUGUUAGCAAUCUGCCCACUCUUAUCCUGUCAGAUACCCUUAAAAAAGGGAUGAAGAGGGAUUUUGGUGAAGUCCUGACAAAGAAAAUAAUAGAAUCUAUGAGCCGUCCUUCUAUGGAGCUGGUGCUUUGGAAACCUCUUCCUGAAUUUAUGACAGAUAAACUGAAGUCUGUUUCUGUUAAAAACUUCAAGCAGCAAAGUACAGAAGGGUGUCAAGCUAAGCAGCCAUCCCCAAGAGCUCCUUUUGACCCACAGACUGAAACGUUCCCUGGAUCGCAACAGACUGCCAUGUCUCCAGAUCCAUAUGCUAGUUUGGGAAUAUCUGGGUGUGCAGAAGAAGAAAUGGAGUUGUAGAUGCCAGAUUUUAGACUGGAAGUGGUGAGCUUCUGAUGCUUAUUGUUGGUGGUUUUUUAUUUUUUUUUUCUGGUUUGAUGUGUGAAUCUGAAGUUAUAUUAUUUGGUUUUUGUUUUCUUACUAACCAUCAUAAGGACAUGGUUUGGCCAGGAAACACUCUUAAGAUUUCUGUGUUCCAAUCUGUUAAAUAUUCUUACUUUUACUGAAAAGGUAAUUUAGAGGCCUUUGGAACAGGGAAGUAGCUUUCCAUCUUGCUUAAUGGUGAAAUACCCUCUUAAUUGCCCUUGGUAAAGUAUAAAAUCCAAAUACUGAAUGUAACUGUGGCUUAAGCCACACCUUUCUCUUACUGAGCCAUUAAGACCGGUGCACAUACUAUGCUUGGCCAUUUGGUUUAAUUUGAAUUACAAAAGGGUAUGUAAAGGAAGAAAUACCUAGUAAUCUAGUAUUGGAUAGAAGAGCAAUUCCUCUGGUAGUACAGCUUUUCACACCAUCUUAUGUUUGGACUUGACGUAAACUCAAAUGUAGAAAUUGUACAAUCUGUGGGGUGGUAGGGAAGGAAUGUUACAGCUGAGCAUUAGUCUUUGCUUUUUAGAAAGUAAAGCCGGUGCUUAUAACUUGCAGGAUACCUGCUCACUUCAGUCAUCUUUGGUUCAUUGGCUUCUAAAUUUUAUUUGUGGGUUUUUAAUGUCCUCCCCAAACAAUGCAAAGUCUGGAGAAAAGUGGUUCUCAGCAAAGAGAUUCACAUUUUACAUUGUGCUGAGAUUCUUUUGAUGCACUGAGUCGGAAAGUCAGUUGAAGACAGUGUAGCUUUUGAUGAAAUGAAUGGCAUCCUUUAAUUUGGAUAAACAUGGUAAAUAAAUCAGAUACCAGGGAGCUGCUUGCUGCCAUAAAGAGGGUCAAAUGCUUGAUUAUUGUCUGUAACCGAGUCCCAGCCUUUGAGACUGCUGGCAUUGGUGGUGAAGUAAAGGAGAUGCCUGUCUUCUUUCUGAGAGAAUCUAGACUUAAAAUUUAAGCCACAGUAUGUGCCAAUAAUGUAGUGUCACAUUUUUUUAUACAGAUGUAUGCCAAAAGAGUUUUCUACCCUGAGCAGGGUGCCAAGAAAAGGAAUCCACAAUUGCUUGUACCUUUUCUCAAUGCACAGCAGUUCCUUAUGCUUGAGGUUCUUUGACUUGUUGAAGCAUUUUAUCUUUUGUUCAUAAGUCCUUGAGCUUUCUCAGAGGUACCUGAAUUGAGGCUUUUCCUAAGAAAUUCCUUUCCAAGUAAUAGGUUCUGUUCAGAGUCCUACAUCCCAAUCUGGUUUUGACAUCUUGCUAACAUGAAGGAGCAAGUACACAGUAAUGCAGCUGCUCACAUAAGAAAAUCUACUCUUCCUUUGCACAGCUGAGAUAAUCUUUGUGAUGAUACUCCUUACUGUUGAAUAACCCAUAGCUGAAAGUUUAAAAUCAAGCUUCUCUUUUUGCAGUCAUCCUUUAUUUCCUUUUGGUUGUUCAGAAGAUAUCCCUGUUUGUUAAACCCUGUUUAUCUUGCUGCUUUUGUUGAAGGUUGUCUGAAAUUUCCUGUCUCUUGAUAAAACAUUUCAGAGCUUCACUAAAAACACUCCAACAUUUCAUUAGGUAUUACUCUGGAAACCAGUAUGCACCUGUACUUAUUCUAGAAGGUUUAUUAAGUUGAAGAACAUGUGCAGUGUAUCUUGUUAUAAUGUCUAAUUUCAUUUCAGGGUCUGCUAUAAAUCUCUUGCAUGAACUGUGCAGAAUUUCUUAUGUAUUAUUAAGCUGCUGAAUGUGCUUAAAACCUACAGCCUUUGACUCACUCCAGUGUCUGAGUAGAGUGUAAAGCAACACAGUUUGGAGAAGGCUGUAGUCACUGCAGGUAGAAAACGUGGUGCCUCCAAGUAAGUAACUGGUUUUCAGCUUGCUGGAUUAUAGUAAAAGUUCAAGGUUGGAAGUAUUUUAGGUGAAAGCUCUGAAUCCUAAGUAAACUGAAAAGAAAGAAGGAAAAUUUCAAAAAUGUGAUGACACCAUCUCAGUGACACUAAAAUUGCAACAGAAGAUGUAAAAAAUUGUAGGAGGCCUAAAUACAUCAAAUGAUGCAGUUGUUUUCCUCUUAAAACCACCAGAUUGCAUAUCAGAUUUGCAGAAUAAGAAAUUGUUGUAGAUGGCUUUUAAGCACACGUUUUUUCCUGCUAGGUUUGUACCAAAGGUUGUCCUUCCUCUUAAUUCAGUGUCGAUAGGGCAUCACUGACCUGUUACCUGCUAUCUAAAACAAGAAUAUAGUGGUGCACUAUUGACAAAGACCAUGAGAUGGAGAAAAAUUGUCUUAAGAAUUUUGCUUUGACAGAAAACAUUUGCUUUCAUUUUUUCACAACGCAUUUCUGCCCUUGUGAAAGGAGACAGUGGGGUUGAUUAAACUGAUGGAAGAGUGGGCUAGAGUGGGAACCAACUGUCAGGAGCACUGAGCACGGUCCUCACUACAGCAAUCACUUGCAGAGGGUGAUUGGAUGAGAGAUCAAGCUGUGGGCAUUUACAGACUUCUGUAUUUGUGAGUUUCAUUUGUUGUUGUCUUCAUUAAAAGACUUUUAUUAAUGCUGUUCACAAACGGGAUGGCAGAUGCGAUGCAGUAUUAGGAGAAACCUUAUUUUGAAAUACAGAAGAUGCAAUUCUGGUCUGUCUUCUCUUGGGACCAAAUCACCCUUUGUAUGUCAGUUUUCAAUAAAUUUUCUAAAAUAUUUUUUA